CUCUCUUCCUUUCUCCUGCGGCCACUCCGCUUCGAUAGAUAGACUUUUUCUCCGGCGAAUUCUCUCCGCCAGACUCCCUCCGGCAACCUGAAAAAAUGUACCAGUGCGUUAAAAGUGUACCAAUACAUUAGUCUACUGGUAAUUAAUAUACCCGUGCUAGUGGUACGCUACUAGUGCGUUAAAAAAUGUACCAGUGCUAGUGGUACGCUACCAGUGCUAGUGGUACGAUAUCAUUACCACUUGUAGCAGUACCAGUACCACUGGUAGCGGUACCAUUAGCAGUACCAAUACCACUGGUAGCGGUACCAGUACCACUAGUAGCGGUACCAGUACCACUGGUAGCGGUACCAUUAGCAGUACCAAUACCACUGGUAGCGGUACCAUUAGCAGUACCAAUACCACUGGUAGCGGUACCAGUACCACUAGUAGCGGUACCAGUACCACUGGUAGCGGUACCAUUGCCACUGGUAGCGUACCACAAGAGACUAGCACAAAAAAUCAGAUCUGAAAUAUGAAAAAUCACAGACUUGAAAAAAAAAAUCAGGGAUGACGAAAGGGGGAGGAAGGGGAGUGGCGGUGACCUCGUGGUGACGGUGGUGGUGGGAGACAGAGGGCGGCGGAAUGGUUGCGACGGCGGUGGUGGUGGGAGGAGGAGGCCGCGAUGGCUGCGGCCUGCGGGUUACAGGAGGCGGCCUCGGGACGGGUUCGGGUCAUUUUGGGUUGGAUCCGGGCGGCGGCGGCGGCGGAGGGGAUUCGUUUGACGUGAAUUUGAGUUUGAGAGGGAGGAGAGGCGGGACGUUGGUGCUGGAGAUGAGCUCCGAGGUUUUGAUGGGGAAUUCGGAGGUUUUGGGAGAGCUGGUGGCUGAGUACAGGAAGGGGGCUCACAAGGUGAAUCAUAGUGAUAGUAAUGGUGGUGGUAGAAGGAGUAGAUCGAUGAAGGUUUGCAUAAUUGUGAGAAAGAGAGGGAAGAGAUGGGAGGAAGAAGAAGAAGAACAGGAAGAAAAAAGAUUGCGUGAGAGAGAGAGAGGAAAGAGAGAAUGUAGGGUUUUAGGUAUCAAUAGGGUAAUAAUCUAGUGUGGUCAAUUUUUUUCGUCCAAAAAUACCCUUAAUCCAAUCUGUACCAUUGAUUUGAAAAAAAUAAGAAAGAGACAAGAGAGAGAAUGAAUCCUAUGGUUAUAAAAUGGGUUGUCAAUCUCACAACCCCGAAUGGGGUUGUCACCGUAUCUCAUCCCAUUCCAUAAUUAAGAUCCUCACUAUCACAAACUAAUACCCACUACACACAAACUAAUAUCUGACUAUCGCGAACUAAUACUCACUACACAGAAAAAUACCCACACAUAGCAAAACUAAUAUCCUCUCAUCACAUAAUAAUAUCCUAUCACCACAGAUAGAUAUCGAAUCACCCUACAUUGUGUUCAUAUCCAUUUCCACAACGUCAUCUUCUAAAUCAUAAACCAAACCAACUCUCACUCUAAACCCUAAAAAAAAUCCACACCAUCCAAACUAAUAUCCCACUGUCUCAAACCAAUAUUCAGUCAUUAAAACUGUAAUAUCUCGCCAUCACAGUCAAAUAUCCACAAUACACAGACUGAUAUCUG